UCAAUUUUAUCUUCCAGCUCUGAAUAGCGCACGACCAGGGAGGCAUGAAGAGAGAAAACGACCGAUACGCGGGAUACACAGCUGGUGGAUACACGGAAGAAUAAGGAGGACGCAGUGUGCUAUGAAAAAGAAAACCUCACAGUUGUCAGACCAAAACUCAGACUUGUAAAUGACUGUAAAUGAAGAUGUGUGUGGUGUGUUGAAGAAAAGGUUACACAAGUCUGCAGUAAAGGUGUAAACAAGUUUGCAGUGGAUCAGCUGUUUGCCCAUCGGUGCCUCUGGAUUCAGACACACUUGAUGCUGGGCUCUAUUCGGAAUGGGUGAGCAUCAGACCUACGUGAAGCUCAGUGAAGAGAAACUUAUACCAAAGUCUGACAUCUUGUCACUGCUUAGGACCUACAACUGUUACCACGAAGGGAAAAACUUCCAGCUGAGGACUCGCGAGGAGGAUGGAGAGCUCAUUCUCGAGGGGUUGCUGAACAUCUACUGGGGUCUUCGCCGGCCAAUCAGACUUCAGAUGUACGAUGACAAUGAAAGAUUCCGUCUCAACCGAAACGAUAGAUCUGCUGUGGCAAAGCAGCUCUCAGUGGAGUCAAACAAUAACUUGCUGGGUACAGAGACGGCUAGUGGGGACCUGGGCGGUCAGGAGGACGAGGAUUCUCCUCAGCUGCUGAGGACCAGGAGUGAUGCUUCCUUCAUGCGGGUCCAGAGGAGGUCGAGGACACACACUGCCAGAGAUUUGCAGCGCUUGCGCACACACAGGUUCUCAAUCAACGGACACUUCUACAACCACAAGACAUCUGUAUUUACUCCAGCCUAUGGUUCAGUCACAAACGUACGAGUGAACAGCUCCAUGACGACUGAACAAGUCCUCAACCUGCUGCUACACAAGUUUAGGGUGGAGAAUAAAUCAGAAGAGUUUGUCCUUUAUAUGGUGCACGAGUCUGGCGAAAAGACCCGACUGAGGGAUGGUGAAUACCCGCUGGUGGCUCGUGUGCUUUAUGGGCCCUGUGAGAAAAUCUCCAAGAUCUUGAUCACGGAGGCUGACCUGGGAGAGGAAGUCACAUAUGAUGUUGCCCAAUACAUAAAGUUUGAGAUUCCUGUUUUAGACAGCUUUGUAGAGAAACUUAAAGAGGAAGAGGAACGUGAGAUAAACAAGCUGACCAAAAAGUACAGUGCUCUGAAGUCUAUGAUUCAACAUCAGCUCGAAGGAAGAGCUCACACCAGUGACAGAGUAUGAGUGUCUAUGUACGCACUAAUGUAGGGCGUGUGCGUGUGCGUGUGCGUGUGCGUGUGUGUGUGGGUGUGUGUGUGUGUGUGUGGAAGGGAGGGUUCAACACUAGGGUUAUUGAUUUACUAUGGGAACAUUUGCCAAUACUGUAGUGAAUGUAGAGGUAAAGGUAAAAGGGUAUAAGUAAAGGCUGAAAUAGAACCAUACCAUACACCAAUGUGCUACUACUUUUAGAAUAACAUAUCUCAACAGUUUGUAUUAUCUGUUAAUGUUAUUACUGUGAAGUGUAUCACUGCUUUGAUAUCUCUACUGUUAAUAUAUUUGCAUUUUGUAUGAAAAUUCUUACAGCAAAUGUGAAUAUUUAUACAAGCUGUUUUUGAUCAUGUUUUCUCUGACUUGGACCUUUUUAUGUAAUAAAUACGUUUUAGUGUGGCUUUUAUAA